AUGUUCUACGAACCUGGAUCUGAUCAUGGGUUGCCCUACGAUCCUUUCAAAGCCUGCGUAGUCNCCCGCCCCAUCGGCUGGAUCUCCACCCGUUCCUCCUCUGGUCACGACAAUCUGGCUCCCUACUCCCAAUUCACAAACCUGACUUUUGAUCCUCCUUACGUGUUGUUUUCUUCCAACCGCACUCCCGACGGUAAACGCAAAGAUACCGUCAACAAUGCCGAGGAAACCGGUGUUUUUGGUUGGAACUUGGCAACUUAUGCUUUGAGAGAGGAAGUCAAUAUUACUGCGCAACAACUGGAUCCUAGCGAAGAUGAAUUCACACAUGCAAAACUGGAGAAAGAAGAUGCGAGGAAGAUUCCUGUGGCACUGGUUAAGGAAAGCCCAGUCAGGUUUGAAUGUGCUUUUGAUAGGGUGAUUGAGUUGCCGGGCAAUCCGCCUAUGGGUACUGUAUUAAUUGGCCGUGUGCUCGCCGUCCACAUCUCCGACUCCGUACUCACAGACGGCAAAAUCGACAUCAGGAAAACAGAACCCAUAGCUAGAUUAGGCUAUUACGAAUACGCAGUCGUGAGAGAUACUUUUGAAAUGAGGAUUCCAGGCACCAACAAGGCGCUUUUGGAUGGGCUUGAGGGAUCUGCAAAGGCGAAUAGAGGAUUGGAGAAGGCAGAGGGUGACGUCAAGGAAGAGGCUAAAGGACAGCUAAAGAGGAGUGUAAGUGCUGGUGCUGAGGCUGCGCUUGGAGAAGGAAAGUGA